GGGGCAGACCCCUUUUACUGUGCACGGGCACGGGGAGAAAUGAAGUUGUAAACGAAGCGCGUGCACUUUUCAGCACCAAUACCUCGUGGAUAGCAGCCAAACGGACCAGAGAGAGGAGAGUCGUGUGGGUUAGCUCACUUUAUUGUGAUAAACCGACGUCUUUGCGGUUUGUGCCGCCAUACUGCCGGUGCGAUUGCAGGGAAAACUUUAGUCGCAGUUCUGAGUCGUCAAGCGGAAAUACAAAGCGGCAAGGUUUCAGUUGUGUUGUCCCCGGCGGCAGGAGCUGCGCAGCGGUCGUCGAAGACACGUUUUAGCGGGUAAAAAGCGAAAAUUUUGUUCCUUAGGUCGAUUUUGUUUUUUGUCGAGGUUCAACAAACUGCACCACGACAAGACUAAAUGGCUGGAAGCGACGGGAAACUAAGGUGAUAUAAAAGAUCUUUCUUCCUAGCCGGUUCGGUCUACACAGCAGUGCAUUCGUGGUCCUGCUUGUAGCCACAUCACCGCUUGCCGCCGAGGUCUCCAUUGUGUGAGCAUCUCUGCUAUUCAACUGCCGCCCGACCGCCGAAUCCCGCGCUGCCACCACACACCUGCCACCCCCCAACACCGCGUGUUUUCAGUCGAAUUAGAAUUUUUUUCUCGCCAUCUUUUUUUUAAAUCCACGUACUCAAAAUGUGUUCUCGGGUUUGGUUCGUGACCGAUCGGCGCAUCAGCCAGGAGUAUCCCCAAGUUCAGAUCCUCCGAGCACUAAAGGAGCGCUGCGUCGAGGAGGAUGUUGAAUUCCGCUCUCUUCUAAUGGAUCAGAUCGUGCUUACGAUCAGCCAGGGGCAGUUAGGUCUGCGAGUGGAGCAAGAAUUGGUGACGUCCUAUCCACAGGUGGUGGUGGUGCGGGUUCCCACACCCUGGGUUCAGUCUGAUAGUGAUAUUACUGUGCUGCGUCACCUGGAGAAGAUGGGCUGUCGGCUGAUCAACCGGCCUCAGGCCAUACUGAACUGUGUCAACAAGUUUUGGACCUUUCAGGAACUAGCUGGCCAUGGCGUGCCUCUUCCUGACACCUUCUCCUACGGCGGGCACGACAACUUCCGUAAAAUGAUUGACGAGGCAGAGCCACUGGGCUACCCAGUGGUGGUGAAGAAUGCACGUGGCCACAGAGGCAAGGCUGUGUUCCUGGCACGGGACAAACCCCACCUGACAGAUCUUUGCCACUUGAUCCGCCAUGAUACCCCCUACCUGUUUCAGGAGUAUGUUAAGGAGUCACAUGGACGUGAUGUGCGGGUGGUCCUAGUGGGCGGCCGAGUCAUCGGCUCCAUGCUGCGCUGCUCCACCGAUGGCCGGAUGCAAAGCAACUGUUCCCUUGGUGGUGUGGGCAUGAUGUGCCCCCUGAACGAGCACGGCAAGCAGCUGGCUAUAGAGGUGUCUAACAUCCUGGGCAUGGAUGUGUGUGGUGUUGAUCUUCUUCAGCUCAAUGAUGGCUCAUUUGUGGUUUGCGAGGCUAAUGCCAACGUGGGCUUCAUCGCCUUCGACCAGGCCUGCGGCAUGGAUGUUGCAGGGAUUGUUGCUGACUUCGCCCUAUCGAUGCUUCCCAGCCGCCUCACCCGUAAAAUGUCCCUGCUCUCCGUCGUGUCCAGCACCAGCGAGACCAGUAGCGAGCCUGAGGUGUGCAUCGUGCCCGCAGGUGGCAGCUCACUGCCAGAGGCAGUGUGCAACAUGAGUGUGGGUUCUACUUCCAGCGAAAGUGACCCGGAGCUGGCGGAGCCCUCACAGUCAUCACCCUGCCAGUCCACACCUCCCACCCUUCCCAAUCUCCCUGACCUUCCCAAUCCAGCCUAUUUCAACACCCUCCUGGCCAAUGAGAUCAAGCUAUUGACUGAGUGAGAUUCAACCAAAUUCAUGCACGCAUAACACCACAAAUGCAUGCUUACAUACACCUGUGCAAAAGGCAACAAACAUUCCUUUUAAAAAGACAUAUUAGUCCAGAAACCAUCUAAACAUGAAAUACUAAGUGCAAAGCAAGAGCUAAAAGGAACAGAACACAUAUUCUGAUACAACCACAGCAACAAACACCAAAACAAGGCUUCUCCUUCUUUGAAGAAAAAGAUCUGAGGCUGCUCCCCUGACUAUUCUCUCUUUACAUUGUUUCAAAAGCUCCAAAUCCCACCAUCUAAACUUAGUUUACAUUGCAUCAUGAUGGGAUACAUCAUCUGAGAUAGCCAAAAACCAACUCUGCUAGUGUGCAUUUGCUAUUUUUGGUUGGGCAAAGGAUUCCAAUGAAUGCAUACACCUGCCAUGUUUUUAUCUUCCUCACAAUCCAAGUUGUCACAGAAAUGUUUUGUCAGGCUUGGUGGAUUGGAUGCAUAAUGAAGUGUUUUCAAGUUCAAUACAUCCAUAUGAUAGGCAUGUUAUGCUUUUAGUUCCAAUGUAGGAAUGUAGUGCUCCCAACGAGGACACAGAACAAGAUGGGGACCAACUAGAAAUGUACUAAUUUAAUGUCAGCAAGUAGCAGACCUAUUUACAAGUUACCACCAGGUAAUAUUAUAGUGAAUUCACAGCCUUCUCAGUUAAUAUUCAAGAUUUCAUUUUUGAUUACCAGCUACUAUAGUCUUGAUGCUUUUUAAAACUAAUGAAAUGUCUAGCACUUUAUAAUAAACAUGCAUUUUUCUCGCUGAGAUGAGAGAUUUGGGAAUGUGAAAGCCGUGUCAACACUUGCAAGCAAAAUAUACCUCGAAACAGUGACCUCUCACUGCCAUAGGAUGACAUAGACAUACAGUACAUAUCGGCCUGGGCCCUUGUGGUUUUAAAAUGGCCCGGACAUAUCAGGUGUUCUUUCCCUUUAUGUCUAGGACCUUAAAAGAUAAUUGUGUAUAAUUUCUUGGUUUUUUCUCUCUUUUUUUAUUUUUUUUUUAUUUUGUAAAUAUUUUAGACAAAUUAGCUUCACAGCAUACUCUUAUCCAGCUUAUAAAAGUGAAACAGUGGAAAUAUCUGCCAACAUGGACAUUUUCAUAAGCUAUGGUGAAAAAAACCAGAUUGUACAGACUUGUGAUAUUAAAAUGGUUAAAACUGAAAUUUUGGUGCUAACAGUUGUGGAUUUGGUUAGAUGUGAUUUCUCAGUCAUAUUAUAUGUAGACUUUGAUUGUUUUCAUGCAUUAUUUUUUUUUUUUUUUUUUGUUUUAAAUGAAAUUUAGAUAACAUAACCCAUAAAAUAUGUUGGCAUAAUGUAUAAAAUACGGAGUUUUAUAUUUUUACAGUCUUCUUUAGUAGAGUGCUACAUUUUUUCCUUUAAAAAGGAAGAAACAAAAUCCAGGGAUUUCAGCAGGCCUUAUUCUUGACAGUUUUUGUUCCUUUGGAUUUAUCUUCUGUACUCCUUUCAAAAUAACAUAGUAGGGUAUAGGGUAUGCUGAGGUAUUUGUCAUUCUUUGAGAAUAACUUCCGACUGAUCAAAAGCACAAAUAUAAACCCUUGAUCGUCCACAUAGUGAUGUUGAUGUUUUUAGGCUUGUAACCCUUUCUGUUGAACACAACUCAGGGAAGCAGCCUGGAUCUCAGCCCUGACCCCACCACAAAGGCAUGAUAUAUCCAUUCCAGCUAGAUGCGUCAUGAACAUACCACAUACCUACACACAGACGAAAAUACAAAAACAACAAAGAAAAAAAAAGGUUGUAAACUACAGUAUAAGACAGUGGUGUAUACCAUGGUUAACAUGCACUUUUUUUUUCCUUGCCUGUUUCAGAAUGUUCCUUGUUUUCUUCCUAAUUUAUGGUAUUUUUGAAAAAAGUGGUUUGUGUGCACUAAUAUUGUCUCAAUAAAGUGAAACCGCUGUGAAGCUUGAUUUUAUUUUUCUUAGAUGUGGGCCAAAUUUA